UAAUGGAGGUGUAACAGCAUCCCUUUACGACCCUAUCAUGCUUUUCUUGUAACGGUCUGGAAAAUCGAAAUAUCUGUACUAGAUAAUUCAAUGUGAAAAAAAAUUUUGUGAUAAAUGUGAAAAAAACAUUUUGUGUUAAAAUAUCAAGUCAUUUUUUGACUUAUGGAUAGAUUGCAUUUUGCUCACAUGGUUAUUGUAUUAACCAAAGAAUUUGUGUAAUGUUGACUUGAAAAAUUGUUAUCUUUUUAUCAUUUAACGUAUAUUGUACUUGUUUUCGAAAUAUUAGUCCGUAAGAGCAGGUGAUAAUGAUACAUAAAUAAGACAUGUUGACGAUAAAAUGAUACAUAAAUAAGGCAUUUGACGAUAAAACAUGAAAUCAUCACAUGUAUUGACAUGUACUUGUUCAGCUCAUUGUUAGCAAUUGUUUGGAUACCUAUCAUACAUCAGCCGCUGACAAAAUGUCAGCCGCUGUAUGAUGCCAAUACAGGUUGUUGGGAUAUGGAAAAGCGAGUGUUUGAAAUGGAGAAAAAAAUAUAUCGUCUGGAAAACCAAAAAAAGACCGGUGUUUCUUUUAUGGCAACACUAGGAAAUGAUGUAAAAAACCCAAGGCCAGGCAUCGUCAUAAAAUUCGACCAAGUGAUUUUCAACAAAGGUGGAGGUUACAGUGGUACCUCUGGUGUCUUCACAACACCAGUAACUGGGACAUACUACUUCAUUGUCACCCUCAGCAUACCCGCUCAUAGCAAUGCUAGAGACUACCUGCGAGUGCACAUCAUGAAGAAUGGCGUGGAGGCGUCUUACCUGUAUGUGGGGGCACACAACGUAUGGAUGAAACCUUCAGAAAAUACUCUGCUGGAGCUACAAAGAGGGGACAGGGUUUACGUCAGUGUAGGGAAGACGUCCUCCUCAGAGUUCUCUCGUAUUCCCGGAGGAGGUUUUCAUUGUCAUUUUACAGGCUUUUUAAUAGACUGAAACCCCGGAGGAAACAUAUUUGAAGAAUGAUAAUAACAUACUUUUAGAAAAAUGUGUGUACAAUCCAUUCAAUUUUCUAGUACCUAAUAUUUUAUGUCCUUUAAAGAGGAUGGUAAUAUGUGUCGAUUAUUUUUAGAAGAACAUAAACAAAAAUAACUUUCGUUGAUGUUAUGACGCUUAUAAUUAGCAGAUUUUUUUCUAGCAAAAAGGAGGAUUAAAGAGAUAUGU